GUCCCAUGAGCUGCGUUCCAAGGUGGUUUCUCUGCAGCUGCUUCUCUCUGUACUGCAAAAUGCUGGUCCAGUCUUCAGGACUCACGAGAUGUUCAUCAACGCAAUCAAGCAAUAUCUCUGUGUGGCCUUGUCCAAAAACGGCGUCUCUUCAGUGCCUGAUGUCUUCGAGCUCUCUCUUGCUAUUUUUCUUACUCUUCUUUCAAACUUUAAAAUGCAUUUGAAGAUGCAGAUAGAGGUACAGACUUCAGUUAAUUUUCUCAUUUGGGGACAAUACUAUCAGAUGAGAAACAUGCUGGUGAGCCAGGCAUGGUGCAUGCCUGUAAUACCAGCACUCAGCAGAUGGAGGCAAGGGAAUCAGGAGGUCAGGACUAGCCUAGAUAGCUAAUUUGAGGCCAGCCUGGGCUACAUGAGAUCCUAUCUCAAAAAAAAAAAAAAAA